CUUUCUCACAACAUCUAUCAGAUAUGGACAGUUAUACAUCCGUCAGUAUAGCGAGAAGAAUCUCUGAAUCAACAUGGAUGGCGUUAAAUUGGACCUUUCCGAUAUAUUAGACCCUCACAAUAUCAUUGCAACGUAAAGGUCUUGUACCAGUAGCUAUUUAGGUUACAGCAAUGGCAGAUGCGGAGCUGCAAACCUUCACAUCCAUCAUGGACGCUCUCGUGCGCAUAAGCUCCAAUAUGAAGAGCAUAGCGAGGGAGCUACAUUGUCCAGUGUGUGAGGAGAUGGUGAAGCAGCCAAUUGUGUUGCCAUGUAUGCACAGUGUGUGUGUGCUAUGUGCGGCUGAAGUUUUGGUUCAAAAGGGUUACCCCUCACCUGAACUGCCCCCAGAGCCCAACACUCCAACCUCAAGCCCCAACACACGCUCUCCUCGACAGACACGCAGACCUCCGCCCAAAACCGACCGUUUGGACCGGGUGAUCAGAACAGUGUGUGGGACACAUCCAGGUCGCAGGCGUAAGGACACUCCCCCUGUGAUCAUGCUGUUCCCCUGUCCCACCUGCCGAAAAGACGUGGAGCUGGGAGAGAGAGGCCUUGCAGAUUGCCUCAGAAACCUCACCCUGGAGCGAAUUGUGGAGAGGUAUAGACAUACAGUGAGUCUCGGCAGCAUGGCUAUCAUGUGUCAGUUCUGUAAGCCUCCUCAUGUACUAGAGGCUACUAAAGGCUGUGCUGACUGCAGGUCCAACUUCUGCAAUGAGUGCUUUAAGCUGUACCACCCCUGGGGUACACCGCGGGCCCAACACGAACAUAUUCUGCCUACACACAGCUUCAGACCCAAGGUAUUAGUGUGUGUCGAACAUGAGCAGGAGAAGUUGCAGUUUUACUGCAGGUCAUGUCAGCGUCUGUUGUGCUCGCUUUGUAAACUGCGUCGUGCCCACAGCGGACACAAGAUCAUGCCUAUUGCCCUGGCUUACCAAACUUUAAAGGAGAAAAUUACCAAGGAGAUGAACUACAUCUUGGCCAAUCAGGAUGCUGUACAGGCACAGAUAACCCAAGUAGAAAGUGGCAUCGCUCAGACUGAGGUAAAUAGCGCAGUGGCCAACGAGCAGUUGAAUCAGUGUGUGAGUGAAAUGCGGGGGGUGCUGGGGGAGCGUCAAGGUGUUUUGGCCAUGUCGCUGGAGGAGGCCCGUGCACAGAGGGCAGAGGCUCUGAAUUCCCAGCUGUCCGAAAAACAGAGUCUUUUGGAAAAUGCGGGACUGCUCACAUACGCUCAAGAGCUGCUCAAAGAAACCGACCAGCCUUGCUUUGUGCAGGCUGCCAGAAUCACACACAACAGAUUGGUCAAAGCGAUAGAAAAUCUUCAGCAUUUCUCUCUAUCUGCUGAUCCCUCGUUUCGACACUUUCAGAUCGAUGUCUCCAGAGAACUCAAGGCACUCUCUAGCAUGAACUUCAUACAAGCCCCAUUGGCUCCUGUGAUUGACACUCAAAAGACACUGGCCUAUGAUCAGCUCUAUUUGUGCUGGCGCCUCCCACAGGACUCUGCCCCUGCCUGGCACUACUCAGUGGAGUUUCAGAGAAAGGUGGGUGGGGCUGGGGCACUAUGGGGUGCAGUGCGGUCCGAGGGAGGACCUGGCAGCAAUGGCACACACUGUCUGUGGCAGCGUCUGGAUGAUGUGGGUGGGACUUGUGCAGUGAUUGACAAGCUGGAGAUGGACAGCGUCUAUGUCCUAAGAGUCAGAGGCUGUAAUAAGGCAGGGUAUGGAGAGUACAGUGAGGAAGUGUAUCUACACACACCACCUGCACCAGUGUUGUCCUUCUGCCUGGAUUCUCGCUGGGGUCUGCAUGCGGAGCGGGUGGCGCUGGGCAAAGGGCAGACGUAUGCCCGUAGUGUUCCCGGGAUGACUCUGUUACAGGCAGCCGAUCGAGCCCUGACGUCCUGUCACCUCACCUCGGACCUUCUCGUGGCUGACGUUUCCAUCACGCAAGGACGUCACUACUGGGCAUGCUCAGUGGAGCCUGGAUCCUACUUAGUAAAGGUGGGAGUGGGUUUAGAAGCAAAACUACAGGAGUGGUUUCAUCUUCCACAAGACAUGCCGAGUCCACGGUACGAUCCAGACAGUGGUCAUGACAGCGGGGCAGAAGAUGCUCAGGAAUAUCCUCCAUUCUGUUUUCUAACAAUAGGCAUGGGCAAAAUCUUACUCCCCAAAUGUGGGACAUCUAGCACUUCUACCGGCCCCCUAACCAUCCCCCUGCCACCACGCCUCGGACUCUGCUUGGACUUCGAGAAGGGACGGCUGACUUUCUACGAUGCGCAUUCUCUGCGAGUGCUGUGGGAGGGGACUGUCGAUUGCUCCGCCCCUGUUUGCCCAGCCUUUUGUUUCAUUGGUGGAGGGGCUCUGCAGCUGCAGGAGUUAAUAGCCAAUCACAGUACAGAGCAGAACCCGCCAAGAAGAGUGACCAUUCAGACACGUUCAACGGAUCUCAAACACUGAAACAAAUUUUGGCCAUGAAUCCAGUCUACUACUCGGCACCUUUAAGCAAAUCUUCUUUUAUCGUUUUCUAAUGACUAUUUGUCUACCUGCUUAUUUUGUAGAUGAUUAUGCAUUCAUUAGCGCUAUUUUAUAUUAAGAUUCAUUUGAUUUGUAAAAACUGAAUAGCAAAGUGUUUAUGGAUGCUGUUAACCUGUAGCAUGCUAACAACCUGUGAUAAAUAAUGAGGAAUUAUUGCCAAAAUUAAACUAAUUAAUGAUCAGGACUAACCUUUUGAAUGUAUGAUAGCCAAUGAAUCCUCAGUAUUUACAAACUUGUUUUUCAGCAUUGUUAGCAUGUGUACCGCCCAGUAUGGGUGUUAUGAUAAUGACUAAACACUUAGGUCAGUGUAUGUGCUUUUACAGAAAUGUCAAAAUGACAUUUUGAUCACAUUUAUUUUCAUUUGAUGACAACUAAAGAUGUUACAGCAGCAUAUUGAGUUUCAUCUGUGUUAUAAGCAGUUUUUUAAAUGGAGUGUCCGUAGCCUACUUUGAGGUUAAACUUAACGUUGGGCAUAUUGUGUUGGUGUCAAUACAUAUCUUGUGUAUAGAGACCAUUGUCUUUGUGCUUUGUUUGAACCAGAACAGGGCUGUAUGAAACA